AAAGCUGGAGGAGGACAGUCAGGGACCAGCCACUGCAUCUGCCACACUCACCACAGGACCUGGAAUCAGGAGGAGGACAACCCACAAAAUGACAGAAGAUAAGGUCACCAGGACCUUGGUUUUUACUGUCUUCACUGCCGUGCUGGGUUCCUUCCAGUUUGGAUAUGACAUUGGCGUGAUCAAUGCACCUCAACAGGUAAUAAUAACCCAUUAUAGACAUGUUUUGGGUGUUCCGCUUGAUGACCGAAAAGCUAUCAACAGCUAUGCUAUCAACACUACAGAGGAACUACCCACAAGCCCAUUCCUAAGGGUCCCAACACCAACCCCUUGGGCUGAGGAAGAGCCUGUGGCAUCUGCCAGCCUCAUCACCAUGUUCUGGUCCCUGUCUGUGUCCAGCUUUCCAGUUGGUGGAAUGAUUGCCUCAUUCUUUGGUGGGUUGCUUGGGGACCAGCUUGGAAGAAUCAAAGCCAUGUUGGUAGCAAACAUUCUCUCAUUAGUUGGAGCUCUCUUGAUGGGGUUUUCGAAAUUGGGACCAUCUCACAUUCUUAUAAUUUCAGGAAGAGGCAUAUCAGGACUCUACUGUGGGUUAAUUUCAGGCUUGGUUCCAAUGUACAUUGGUGAAAUUGCUCCAACCACGCUCAGGGGUGCUAUUGGUGCCCUUCAUCAGCUGGCCAUUGUCACAGGCAUUCUUAUUAGUCAGAUCGUUGGCCUCGACUUUAUCCUGGGCAAUCAUGAGCUGUGGCACAUCCUGCUUGGUCUGUCUGCUGUGCCAGCUGUUUUGCAAUCUUUGCUGCUCUUCUUCUGUCCAGAAAGCCCCAGAUACCUUUACAUCAAGUUGGAUGAGGAAGCCAAAGCAAAGAAAAGCUUGAAGAGACUCAGAGGAUGUGAUGAUGUCACCAAAGACAUCAAUGAGAUGAGAAAAGAAAGGGAAGAAGCAUCAAGUGAAAAGAAAGUCUCCAUAGUUCAGCUCUUCACCAAUUCCAGCUACCAACAGCCUAUUCUAGUGGCAUUGAUGCUGCACAUGGCUCAGCAAUUUUCUGGAAUCAAUGGGAUAUUUUACUACUCAACCAGCAUUUUUCAGACAGCUGGAAUCAGCCAACCUGUUUAUGCAACCAUUGGAGUUGGUGCUGUCAACACAGUUUUCACUGCUCUCUCCGUAUUCCUUGUGGAGAAGGCAGGGCGCCGCUCUCUGUUUUUAAUCGGAAUGAGUGGGAUGUUUGUUUGUGCCAUCUUCAUGUCGGUGGGACUUGUGCUACUGAAUAAAUUGGCUUGGAUGAGUUACAUGAGCAUGACAGCCAUCUUCCUCUUUGUCAGUUUUUUUGAAAUUGGACCAGGCCCCAUCCCCUGGUUCAUGGUGGCUGAGUUUUUCAGUCAAGGACCACGCCCUGCUGCUUUAGCAAUAGCUGCGUUCAGCAACUGGACCUGCAAUUUCAUUAUAGCUCUGUGUUUCCAGUACAUUGCGGACUUCUGUGGACCUUAUGUGUUUUUCCUCUUUGCUGGUAUAGUCCUGGCCUUUACUCUGUUUACAUUUUUCAAAGUUCCAGAAACCAAAGGAAAGUCCUUUGAGGAAAUCGCAGCAGAGUUCCAAAAGAAGAGUGCUUCAGCCAAAGCACCAAAAGCUGCUGUAGAAAUGGAAUUCCUUGGAGCUACAGAGACUGUGUAAAGAUAACCUGCUUUUUGACAGAGUUGAAAAGGUAAGGUUGGAAGAUCCUGAAGGCAGCCUCCUGAAAAUUCAUGAAUGUUUAAUUUCAGACUUGAUCAAUAUCCUUUUUUAAUUUUCUUGAAAAGACUUGAGUUCCCUAACACAAAACAAUCAUCCCAUUUGAUGUUUCCUUUUUUGCCUUAGCAGUAUAUGGAUGCUAUCUAAGCUGUUCUAUUGCAAUUGCUACCAUUUAUUGUACACUACCUAUGUGCCAGGCACUGUUACAAGUGCUUUUAUGUGGACAAAUUGGAAAUACACAGAUAAUUGAACAGACUUUCACUUACAGUCAAUUUUGCAACUAUGGAAAUACAGUUCUGAUGGAUACCAAAGGCUUAGCAGGGAGCUAAAGUAUCUCCAGGCUGUUUUCCUCACAAAGUAGAGCACUGAAUCAAUCUUUUUUACAGUUGCUUUAAUGUGCAUAAAAGAAAGGCACUUUUAAAAAAGUUUUCUUUAAGAGUGGGAAAAACAAAUACUGAACACUUGGUGGGGGGUUGUUUUUUUCUCUUUUUCUUUUUCUCCUUUCUUUUUCUUUCCUUUUUUUUUUUUUUUUUUUUUUGACCAAAGGUGUUUACCUUUACGUAAUUUGACAUUCCAAACAACAUGAAAUUAUUUCUUUUCACUUUGAUUUUUGUUUCCUCUGGGCCAAUUUGGGAUAAACUACUUUCACUUAGGACUUCAGAACACAGUCAAAGUGAGCUUAAAUUGUUCAGUAGACCUUUUUGCUAAACUGUGACCUCUGUUAAAAAAAAAAAAAGUAGGGACUCUGAAUAGGGCAGAAGCAGGAAAAUGGCUCAUCUUGCGGCUCCUGUCUUCUUCAGGAUGCUGAAGCAUCAGGAUGCUGAUGGCCUUUGAGAAGCCCAAAGCUGCACUGGUAAAGAAAUUUAACAUAUUUAUAGGCGAUGAAUGUGACUUAUUCACAUUCUUUAAUCACUAUUCCUGACCUCAUUUAGAAUAAAGUAGUAAAGGUUUAAAUAAAGAACCCAAAAGACCCCUUUUAAAUUUUAAUUAAUUAUUCUGAUUGACCACAAAUACCAAAAAUUCAGACCCUGAAGUUUUCUGCCUCAGAGAAAUGUAAAUGGCAUACAUUGUUUCCCUUUCAUAAUUUUUUCCUUUCAGAGAUACAAGUGAGUUGAAAAGAAACAUUAAGAUGAAAUAAGAGGCUAAGACAAAGGAACUAGCUUAACAUGAUAAAAAAAUACUCCUAGGUUUUCAACAAUAUUCAUCAUAAUAUAUAAUAAUAUCAGUACUUAUUAAUUAGAUUUAAUCCCAGGGAAAUUAGACAUGUGUUUGAAUGUUUAAUUUUCAUAGUAUGCUAUCAUUCUUGUGGAAUUAUUUUCAUACUCUAACAUCCUUACAAAUGUGAUUUUCUCUUAGCUUGCUCGGAGCAUGAUUACACUUCUUGGUCUGGCCACUCAUCAGCUAGGUCUAGUGUUGCCCACUGUCAUGACACCAAUGCAAGGAUCUUCUCUCACUUCCUUCUCCCCACUCUCCUCUACACGAUCAGCACAGUAAUGCAUGCUGAGACACAGUAAGAGAAUGCCCCUCCUCAAGGAGCUCAGUCUAUUGAGGAGUUCAGGAAGACCAGGGUAUAAACAUCCCCAUCUGCAUCUUUUUCCUUCCAUGAACCUCAAACUGUAGGCCUCUUUUGUAAAGAGGGCUCAAUCAUAUACCUACCUCAGAGAGUUGUUGUGAGGAUUAAACGUAACGUGCUAAGCAGAGUGUCUGGUACAAAGGGGGCGCUCAAUAAAUGUUACUUAGAAUUAGUAUUCAUGAAGAUACUGUUAGGAUACAGGACUGUCAUAUAUAAGAUAGUUCCAAUUUUUUGUUUUGAAUAAGAAAAUGUUUUAUAAAUUCAAGGUAAUAUUUUCUUACUUCAAGCAACAGUCUCACGAUGACAAGGGAAUGGUAAGAAUUAGGGGAGAUAUUAGGCUAUCUAACUCUUAAACCCAUAUCUGAUAUUUCUAAGUAGGUUAUAAGAGUUUCUAUUGUAUUUUUUAAACUUGCUUUUGCCUAAGUUAUUUUUUAAGAGGUCUAUAUGUAAUAUUGUUUCUUUGGCUAAUACUAAGUACAAAAUAAAAUGCUAUAUAUCAUAUUUAAAUGUAAUUUAAUAGGAUUAAAUCACAGGGCAAGACCAAACCUUGAUAAGCCUCAAAAAUUGCAAAAGUGUAUCAACCAGUAUACAUGCAUAAGCUGCUUCUUCUUGCUAGCUUAUUGUUGCAAACGUAGCAAAUAAAGCAGAGUAUUAGGCAAUA